GUCACGUAACGCCUGGGGGGCCGGGCCGGGGCGGGCCUGACUGUGCAGCCGCUCCCCCGGAAGCCGUUUCGGGGCUAUAGCGGAAGGGAGGCGGGGCCCGGCCUCUUUGGUCCUGGCGGCGGGGGAAGAUGACGAAGGGCACGUCAUCAUUUGGUAAGCGAAGAAAUAAGACACACACCUUGUGUCGUCGAUGUGGGUCCAAGGCAUACCACCUGCAGAAGUCUACCUGUGGGAAAUGUGGAUAUCCCGCAAAGCGUAAGAGAAAGUAUAACUGGAGCGCAAAGGCUAAGAGACGCAACACCACUGGUACUGGUCGCAUGAGGCACCUGAAAAAGGUCUAUCGUCGAUUCAGGAAUGGAUUCCGUGAGGGAACCACACCGAAGCCCAAGAGGGCAGCUGUUGCAGCCUCCAGUUCAUCAUAAAGAUUCAUCUAUUUGCUAAAAUAAAUGGUCUUACCAGAAAAUCUGUUA